AUGGCUUCUUGGUGGUCUGCAAUAUGCUUUUUGAUUUUCUUAGUUUCAUCAUUACUUUCUCUUGAUUCUAGUAAUAUGGCUCUUGCUAACAAUUCUGUUUCUGCUUCGUUGCAAUAUCCGAAGCAGUUAUGCCAUCAUCAAGAGAACUUAGCCUUGCUUCAGUUCAAGCAAAGCUUUCUCAUUACUUGUUCUGCAUCUAAAUCGGCCUUUGCACAUCCAAAGGUCAGAACAUGGCUGAAUGAAUCAUUUGAUGAUCAAGUGAAAAGCGGAACUAGCUUUCGUACUGGUGAUUGUUGUAGGUGGGACGGUGUCAAGUGUAACAAGGAGACAGGUCAUGUGAUUAGUCUCAACCUCAGUAGCAGCUGCCUUUACGGCACAUUUCCUCAAAAUAGCACUCUCUUUAGCCUUGAUCAUCUCCAAGUGCUUGAUCUGUCUGAUAAUGACUUCAACUUUUCUCAAAUCCCAUCUGCCAUUGAGCGCCUUUCCAAACUAACAAAGCUCAAUCUUUCUUCAUCCGAUUUCAGUGGCCAUAUUCCAAUGGGGAUUUUGAAAUUAUCCAGCCUCUCGAUUCUUGAUCUUUCCCUAUCGGCUGUAAGUGGCUCCAAAUUGGAAUUUCAGCAUGGUUUGAGUUUUCAGAAGUUGGUUAGUAAUUUAACUCAUUUAACCCGACUCUAUCUUAAUUUUGUUGAUAUAUCAUAUCCUGUGCCUGUUAGUUUAACCAACCUGACCUCUCUAAAAUCUCUCUCCCUUUCUGAGUGCAAUCUAUAUGGUAGAUUUCCACCAGGUAUUUUACUGUUGCCAAAGCUUGAACUUGUCCAUUUGAGUGGCAACAUCAACCUAGAAGGAUUUCUUCCAGAAUUUUCGUCUAAUAGCUCUCUUCAAAUUUUAGAUUUUAGCAGUACAUCAUUUUCUGGGGAAUUACCCCAUUCCGUUGGUAAUCUUGGCAGCUUGACUGAGUUAACCAUCUGGAAGACUGGUUUCACCGGACAAAUCCCAUCCUCAUUACUCAGUAAACUGGAGCACCUAGCACUUCACAAUACGGGUUUAUGGGGUGAAAUCCCACCUGCUCUAGCAAACCUUACUCAACUCAAUUGGUUGGAUCUUAAUUCAAACCCACUAUCAGGUCCAUUUCCAGUUUGGCUAGCAAAUCUAACAAAGUUAAACUACUUAGAUCUACUUGGUAAUCAGUUUCAAGGUCCAGUGAUACCACCGUCGUUUUCUCAGCUGAUUAAUCUUAAAGCACUCUUAUUGUCUUCCAAUGGCUCAGUUGCCAUGUUUGACACCUUACUGAAACUUCCAUAUCUAAAUAUGUUAUAUUUGUCUGAUAUUAACCUUAGAUUCUUUCCUAAUGCAAGAACCAAUUCAUCCCUUCCCAAGUUUUCUGUCCUGGAACUUCAAUCAUGCAACUUAACAGAAUUUCCACAGUUCCUGCAUCAUCAGGAUAAUCUAAUGUUCCUAUCCUUCAAACAAAACAACAUUGUGGGCACCAUACCACAAUGGUUUGUGAACAGAACCUUAGACAGUCUAUCAGAACUCGACCUUAGUGACAACUUUUUAACAGGCUUUGAACAGCCACCUCAAGUCUUCCUCCCAUGGAAUAAUUUGGGGGCAUUGUAUAUUCAGGGAAAUAUGUUCCAAGGCCGACUUCUAAUUCCUUCAAAGUCCUUGCUAGUUUACCAUGCCUCUGGAAAUCAGUUGUCUGGAGACAUCCCGAAGCAAAUCUGCAACGCUAGUUCUCUUGCAUACUUAGAUUUGUCCAUGAAUAACUUCAGUGGUGGGAUCCAAACUUGUAUUGGUACUCAUCUAGGUAAUUCUCUGCAAGUCUUGAAUUUGCGUGGCAAUCGUCUUCAAGGCGCCAUUCCUCAAACAUUCACAAGGGCUUGUAAAUUGAAGAUGAUUAACUUAAGCGAAAAUCAAUUGAAGGGACUGUUACCAAAGUCAUUGUCCAAUUGUCGAAUGCUUGAAGUACUUGAUGUUGGAAAAAAUCAUCUUAAUGACACUUUCCCAUCAUGGUUAGGAGGUAUUCCCAAGUUGAGUAUUCUUGUCUUGAGGCAUAACAAUUUUCAUGGUAGGAUACCAUCUCCGGAACCUGGUGAUCAUUUUAGUAGCUUAAGAAUAAUUGACCUAUCUAAUAAUUUUCAUACUGGUAAUUUACCUUACACAUACCUUCGAAACUGGCUUUCGAUGAAAGUUACAAGCGAAGCUCAGUUGAAUUCAUCUAGCUCUGAAAUUGAGAUCCAUAUUAGGAGUGGUUCAAAUAUAUUUAUUACAUUGCAUCAACCUUACUCCUAUAUAAUCACCAUCAGCAAUAAAGGCAGUGAAACAGUAUACUCGAAGAUAUUGACCGUGUUUCGAGUGAUUGAUUUUUCAAGCAAUAGCUUCACCGGAGGAAUUCCGGUUCUUCUUGGAAACCUAAGAGGACUUCAGGCACUUAACUUAUCCAACAAUCAACUUCAUGGAGGUAUCCCAUCAUCUUUUGCAAAUAUUAUAGACCUUGAGGCAUUAGAUCUUUCUCAAAACAUGCUCUCAGGAGAGAUCCCACAACAGUUAACCGAGUUAACAUUUCUUGCGGUCUUCAAUGUCUCUCACAAUCGUCUCGAGGGACGGAUACCUCAAGGAGAACAAUUCAACACCUUUGAUAAUAGCUCUUUUGAUGGGAACUUAGCACUAUGUGGAUUUCCAUUGUCGGAGAAGUGUGAAAACACAGACUCUCCUCAACAACCACCGCCAGCAGUGAUAGAAGAGGACUCGAAGUUGAUUGACUGGAUAAUUCGAUCUUUGGGUUGUGCAAGCGGGUUUAUUGUAGGUUUUAUCAUUGGGAAAAUCUACAUAGCUGAUAGGCAUCAUGACUGGUUUACGGAAACUUUUGGAAGGAGGCGACCGAAGCCAAGAGCAAGGAGAUCAAGACAAAGUCGCAGGAGAAAUUGA